AUGGUUCUUUUCAACAUCCCCAAGCCUGCUGUUCCCCAUGGUGGCUGGGUUGUCGUCACUGGUGUCAGUGGUCUCGUUGGCUCACACGUUGCGGACCAAGCCCUCCGCGUCGGCUUCAGGGUCCGCAGGACUACCCGGAGUACCGAGAAGAACGCAUGGGUAAAGGAGCACUUCCAGAGCCGUUAUGGAGUGGAGAACUUUGAACUAUUUGAGGUGCCAGACAUGGUUGCCAAGGGCGCCUUUGAGAAUGUGGUCGCAGAAAACGUCGUGGAUGUAGCCAUCAACGGCAUCAAAGCUGCAGCGAAGGAGUCAAGCACAAAAUGCUUUAUCUACACGUCUUCCUCUUUUGCGGCCACAUUUCUGAGUCCGGAUAAAAGACUCGCCAUCACUACCAAAACUUUCAACGACGGAGCUGUCAGAAAGGCGAAUCUACCGGGUCCUGAGGGAGAUGUUGUCUACGCGGCCAGUAAAGUUGAAGCUGAGCGACGAAUUAUGGCUUGGGUCAAGAAGAACAAGCCUAACUUGGUCAAGGCCCUUUGCGGAGCAGACUACGACGUCGACCUCAAGAUCCCUGCUCAGCACUUUGUCAACGUACAGGAUGACGCGCGGCUACAUUGUGUCGCUCUGGCUCAUCUUUCACUAGAGUCUGAACGCAUCUUUGCGGUGGCUGGGCCUGUGAAGUCAAAUGCCAUCAUCAACAUUCUCAGGAGGCAAUUCCCCCAGAAAGGAUACAAGCACGUUUUAGAUGAUGAGAAUGAUCUGGCAGUUGAUGAGCCAGCCCAGCGGGCGGAGGAGCUACUUGUUGAGGUGUAUGGCACUGGGUUUGCCAGCUUGGAAGAGAGCGUCUCGGCUAAUACUGCCGAGUUGGUGAAUUGA